UUACAAGGGCGUUACUGAUGUCCACAGUAGUCAGUCUCCUGCCCAUGGGCGUUAUAAAGGGUAAAGGUUAAUUAGUUAAGGAAGAAAUUUGAUCAGGGGCGGGCAGUUAAAAUGUGAUACUCAGACAGGUAAUUCAAGCAUUCCCUAUUGUCACCUCAAUCAGGCCUAUAUAAAUCGUCUCUGACGGACACCAGUCACCGCAUAGCCUUACUCGUCUCUUUUGGAUCAACGACCGGGCAAGAACCUCAACGCGGAUUAAAAUGUCGCUCUCAUCUAUCCUUUCCGCUGAUGCCAUAGACGCUGCUAUGAAGGACUGCCAAGCACCGGACUCCUUCAACUGCAAGAAGUUCUUCCAGCAGUGUGGCUUGACCAAAAAGAGUCCCGCGGAGGUGAAGAAAGUCUUCGGGAUCCUGGACAACGACGCCAGCGGCUUCAUUGAGGAGGAGGAACUCAAAUUCUUCCUCCAGAGGUUCAACCCCGGGGCCCGUGUCCUGACUGAAAAAGAGACCAAGGCCUUCAUGUCUGCUGCUGAUGAUGACAGCGACGGCAUGAUUGGAGCAGAUGAGUUCCAGGCCAUGGUCCUAUCCUGAAUACCUGUACAACACCCUCCAUACCUCUUUCUCCCCACAGAGUUCCAGGCCAUGGUCGUAUCCUGAAUACCUGUACAACACCCUCCAGACCUCUUUCUCCUCGC